AUGGCCCGCACUUCCAUCCCCACCCACAAUGACAUCGCCGUCCCCGAGUCGGUGCUCAAGAAGCAAAAGGCUCACCAGAAGACCACCGACUCCCAGGCUGCCGAGCUGAAGAAGAAGCGUGAGGCCAACAAGCAGAAGCGCGAGGUCAUCAAGGAGAGGGCCGCCAAGUACAACCAGGAGUACGUCAAGGCCGAGAGGGACAUCAUCGAGGCCAAGCGUGCCGCAAAGCGCGACAACUCUUUCUACGUCCCUGCCGAGGCCAAGCUCGCCUUUGUCGUCCGUAUCAAGGGUAUCAACAAGAUCGACCCCAAGAAGCGCAAGACUCUCCAGCUCCUCCGUCUCCUCCAGAUCAACAACGGUGUCUUCGUCAAGCUCACCAAGGCCACCUCUGAGAUGCUGAAGAUUGUCGAGCCCUUCGUCACCUACGGAUACCCCAACCUCAAGACUGUCCGUGAGCUUGUCUACAAGCGCGGUUACGGAAAGGUCAACAAGCAGCGCCUGCCUAUCACCGAUAACGCCCUCAUCGAGGAGAACCUCGGCAAGUACGGCAUCACCUGCAUUGAGGACAUCAUCCACGAGCUCUACACCGUCGGCCCCAACUUCAAGGCUGUCUCCAACUUCCUCUGGCCCUUCAAGCUCUCCUCCCCUACCGGUGGUUUCCGCACCCGCAAGUUCAAGCACUUCAUCGAGGGUGGUGACCUUGGUAACCGUGAGGAGUUCAUCAACCAGCUCGUUAGGCAGAUGAACUAA